GGGCGGAGAAAUGGGCUCGAAAUACAGCAACACCCGUGAACAAACUUCACCGGGAGACCGCAGAGCACGGAAAAUCACAGACUAGAGAUCUCUCCUGAGGAAUCCUUGUAACAAUCCUUUACAAGGUGUCCUUCUGCACACAUGUCCCUCCCAGCGACACGCAGGCCAUCUGCAGGAUCCCGCAGAAGGCCUGCAGCCCCGAGCGGAACUCGUCACACACACGGGGACUCAUCUGUGCGCAGCAGUUACUCAGCAUCAUCCUGCAAGUGCACAGAGAGCAUUACUGUACCACGCUCCAACCCGGCCACACCGCGACGGCAGGUGAAGUAUACAACCUGUGGCGAGAAUCAUGGCAUUCGUCCUCCAGCUCCUGAGCAGUACCUCACCCCACUGCAGCAGAAGGAAGUGUGUAUUCGGCAUCUACGUGCUCGGCUAAAAGAAAAUGUGGAGAGGCUUCACAACCGAGACUCUGAGAUCGAGGAGUUACGGAUGCAGCUCACACGGAUGCAGGAGGACUGGAUUGAGGAGGAAUGUCAUCGCAUAGAGGCACAGCUGGCCCUAAAAGAGGCCCGAAUGGAGAUCCGACAGCUUCAGCACACCGUGGAAACGGUAAGGUCCAAUCUGGGGCCUCAUGAGGCAGAUCAACAGGACUGUAAGUCUGAAGGUUUUGGUAGGAUAGGUCUACGAUUAGGAGCAUCCAGGUCAUGUGGCUGCUCUCCGGCCCACACCAUGAGUCGCAGCGCAACCUUCACCAGGCUGAGCAGUGAUACGUCCCCUGGUGCUACAGAUCGCAAUGGAAACGUGCGUACUGAUCGAUACAUUCCCGCCAACAGAGGGGCGAUGACGCUACCAAGAGGCGAUGGGCGCACUCAUCUACUUCUGGAAGCAGCUCUACUGUCUGAGCAAGUCCCUCACGCCACACUAUGCUCCACCCUAUCCCGAUCCUCCACCUGCGAGAGAUUGUACAGUGGAGAGACGGUGCUGCCUGUUAGCCGAUCCUGCCAUGCUGUAAACAACAACUGCAGUUGUGGUCCACAUGCCUACCUCCCACACCACCAUCUGUUUCUGCAUCUCCCACAGGAGGAAGCACCACCUCCUCCUCCUCCUCCACCACCUCCUCCUCCAGCAACAGCUCCCCCUAGCACAUCAGAAGUCAGUGACAGGCCAGGGUACCGGUCACAGGCCUGCAGCCCCACCAUAACCUGGAUCUCCGAAGAGGGUGGAGGUGAUGAAUUGAGUGUCAUCACUUCAGCAACCUGCGCGCCAGACAUCACUCUAGCUGAGCCGCAUGUGUUUUCGCCAUCCUCAGCCACUACUUCCCCCGCUCAGAUGUCUUACAUCACGGAAGCGUUGCCGCUAGACAGCACAGUUGAAUUUACAUCAUCAACAGUGACACCAACAGUGUUGACCAAACCACAGGUUCAGCAACCUUGUCCCAGAGUGUCUCCAACUUUCGAGCCUCCAGCACAGGAAGCUACCAUAGUAAAGGUCAGUGAUGAAGAUGGCGUGGUGAACGAUGCAGAAUCAGCAUCCCCUCAGAGAAGCCACUGGAGCCGCUAUUUCCUAAUUGACCUGUUAGCAGUGGCUGUUCCUGUCGUUCCCACAUUGGCGUGGCUUUGCCGAGGGCCACGAAACGAAGGCAUGCCCAUGUACAACAUGGGAUCUCUGUUACGGGGCUGUUGCGCUGUUGCACUGCACUCACUAAGGCGUGUUGGAAGUGGAUGUGAUCGUGGCCCCUCAGGAACAGGAAGAGCGACACCUAUCUGAUAACUUUAAAGGAUUCGUUCACCUGAAAAUUAAAAUUCUGUUAUUAAUUACUCACCCUCUUGUUAAUCAAAUCCCCUGAGGCGAAGUAAGAUAUUUUAGAUCAAAUCCAAGAGCUCUGCUGUCCUCCAUAGGCAGAAACAAUCCUGACACGUUCAAAGUCCAGAAAAGAAACAAAAAACAGUCAAUGUGACAUCAGUGGUUAAAAUUUUUAUCAAACAAAGCUUUUGACACUUUUGUUCAGCAAUGAAACCUGUAAAGAUUUUUGAUAAUCUGUUCUGGAUUAGGUUAGGGUUCUCUUUAUAUAAGUCUCUUUUUUAUAAAUAAGUCGUACUGUCCAUAGUAAACCAAACGGCAACCUCCUGCUCUCCCUCAUGAAACCAAUACAGAAGUGACUGAAACUGCAAUUCCUCAACUGGCCUCUGGGGGUGGUUCCAAAAAGAAGUCCAUCCCAUAGACUUCCCAUGUUACAAUGCCCAACUUUAGAGCAGAAAACAAACUGCAGGGGGGUGAAUUUUUUUUUUUAAGUCAUCCGUUUAGUUUAAAUUAAGCUUUAAAAUUCUGCAUAAUUAAGGGAAUGGCCACUUGAGUGACAGGUCUCUGCUGCUCUCAGUCACACCACGUCAUAUAUUGCUCAUGUACUUGUGCGUUUUUAUGGGAUUCUUUUCGACAAUUGUCAGAAAAUGGUAUGUUGUGCUGUUAAUUGUGC